GCCGCAGUGCUAUCGACGUUAGUUUCAAAGAUGGCGUACUCGAAUGUGUUGGGUCAUUCUCAAUUCAAUAUGAACGCAUUUAAUUGCCCCGAUUUGAGCGAUGUUGUUCCAGACUUUUUAAAAGCGGAGCACAGUACUGGAACGUCUACCAUAGCCGUGGAGUUUGACGGCGGUGUUGUACUGGGUGCUGACUCACGUACGACUACCGGGGCUUACGUGGCCAACCGGGUCUCGGACAAGCUGACCCGCGUGACGGACCGCAUCUACUGCUGCCGGGCGGGGUCUUCGGCCGACACCCAGGCCAUCACCGACAUCGUGGCUUACCACCUUGGCUUCUACGAGAUGGAGCUCGGCGAGCCACCACAGGUGGAGACGGCGGCCAGCGUGUUCCGAGAGCUGUGCUACAACUACCGCGACCAGCUCCUGGCGGGGAUCAUCUGCGCAGGCUGGGACCGCAAGAAGGGCGGACAGGUGUACGUGAUCCCGCUGGGUGGCAUGAUGCUUAGGCAGCCCGUGGCCAUGGGUGGCUCCGGCAGCACCUACGUGUAUGGCUACGUAGACGCCCACUUUAAGAAGGGCAUGACUAAAGAAGAGUGCCUGGAGUUCGUCACUAACACGCUGGGUCUGGCCAUGUACCGGGACGGAUCGAGCGGCGGGGUGAUCCGGCUGGCUGUGAUCACGAAGGACGGCGUGGAGCGCAAGGUGCUCACGGGAGAUGAGAUACCAAAGUUCUACCAGGAUUGAAGGCCACCUCACGAGAGCACCACCGAGCCUAUAAAUAAACUUGAGGUCUUUGCCUGCC